CUGGCUGACUGGUGCUUCUCGAGGUGUGGCGGGUUGCCUCUGUAUCAAGACAAUGCGUGACAGACCACACACUUCCUCCCUCGCUCGCCCACGAGCACCAGCGGGCGUGAUGUCUCGGGCGGCGACGGUGGCGAUGGUGAUGCCCCUAGUGGUGUUGCUACUCGCCCUUGCAACACCAGCUUCCGCUCUCGAAUUGCAACACAUGGAGGAGACGCUAAAGAGCCACACGCACACUUUGGCCAUGAUGACGAAGUACCUGCGAAUGACAGACAAAUUCUGGAAUUGGUUCCGGAACAACAGAGUACUCUUAGACGAGCUUCUGAACGCAGGCGUCCAGACCCGCGCCCUCGAUUCCCCGCAGCUACACGAAUUGAACGAGAAAAUACUGGAUGUUGAGACGAAGCUGGAGGGGUCACACAACGAGGUCACAGGUCGGCUGACACUUGACCUCUCCCGCCUCGAGCAGGAGCUGGAGAACGAGAGGAAUAACAGCAGAGUCUUGAAGCAGGAACUAGAGGAGAGCAAACAAAAAACCGAGGAACUGGAAGAGAAAUUGAUGAAAAUUGAAGGAAGCAGCAAAGUAUUGGUAAUGUUUGCCAAUCAACAGAUUAUGCAAGUUAAUAAUGAUCUGAAAGCCGUGAAGGCGAUAGUGCAAGAAGUUAAGGAUAAACAGAGCGAACUUGACGUGGUAGAAAACAAGGUGGAGGACCACGAGCGCAGGAUCAGCCACUGGGAGGCCGAGGGCAACGUCACCAAGAGCGGCUGGGCGGGGGCCAUCCUGCGCCAGGUGGAGGACUCGGUGGCGCCCCUCCGCCUCGCCCUCGACGCGGUCACCAACGACACGGCCAAAAAGGUGGAGGACCACGAGCGCAGGAUCAGCCACUGGGAGGCCGAGGGCAACGUCACCAAGAGCGGCUGGGCGGGAGCCAUCCUGCGCCAGGUGGAGGACACGGUGGCGCCCCUCCGCCUCGCCCUCGACCUCCUCAACGACACACUCACCAACGACACGGCCAAGAAGGUGGAGGACCACGAGCGCAGGAUCAGCCACUGGGAGGCCGAGGGCAACGUCACCAAGAACGGCUGGGCGGGGGCCAUCCUGCGCCAGGUGGAGGACACGGUGGCGUCCCUCCGCCUCGACAUCGACCUCCUCAACGCCACGACAACCUCCCUCGGGAACGCGACGACGAAGGCGAAGGAGGACAUACAAGAAAUGGAACAGGAGAGAGAAAUAGACCGAGAAUACGUAAGAAUCCUGGAGGAGGCGCUGGAGGGGAUGUCGUCCGAAGUGGACGAAUUGGCCACCAGACUGGUCCAGGUGUUCACCGAAUCCCUCUUCCCGAUGAACGACAGCAUCUCACUCAACGGGGAUGAUAUCCGGGCGCUGCAGAACGCCACGCGGAGUCUCAGGGAUGAGCUCACGGAGCGUUUGGAGGAAGUGGAGAAAAACGUCAAAUACAAGGGUUCCACAGGCAGUGCAAAAACGAGCCAUUUCCAAAAGCAACUCACCCUCCUGCGCAGCGCCACCACGGACCUGGCGGCCAACAUCUCGUCCCUGGAGAGCCAGCUGGCGUCCGUGCGAGACUCCGAGGCCCAACUCGAGAAGGACGUCCAGGCACUCCAGCAGCAGUCAGGGCAGGUGGACCUCGACCUGAGCGCCCUAGAGGCUAAAGUAGGCAGCGCAGCCAACCUGACGGCGAGGGUGAAGAGCCUAGAGAAAAGGAUGGCGAGGCGCGAUGCUACGCUCACCACGGGCAACAAGCUCCUUUCGUCACUCGCCAGCGGAGGGUCCAUGCUGAACGCCCCGGGCGGGAAGGCUCCGGUGACCUUCCUCAAGAACCCGGGUCAGAUUGGCUUCCCGAUGGGCUCAGGUCCUUCGAAUCCUGCAGGUGUGGCUCCUUCGAACGUGACUCCUCCGAGCGGCGCUCUCUCAGGUUCCACAGGUCUGGCUGGCUUGCCUGCGUCCGCGAACUCGGUUAUUGCUGGAACAAAUAACUUAAUGCCAGUUACUCAUUCGGGAGCGAGUGGUGGCCGCAGUACAACUAACCCACCGAGAAGCACUGUUAGUCCAGGACUAGUUGGCAACACGGGGGCAGCUAGUAGCCCGGGAACAACCGGUGGUCUUGGAACAACCGUAAACGCAAUUGUAACUAGCACUCCAAGGCCAGCUGGUAACGCAAGUGUAACAAGCAUCUCAGGAACCACUGUUAACCCAGGAACAGCUGGUAAUACAAAUGUAACUAGCAUCCCGGGGGUAGCUAGCAGCCCAGGAACAGCUGUCGUCCCACGAACAGCUGGUAACACAAGUAUAACUAGCACCCCGGCACCAGCUAGUAACCCUGGAGCAACUGGAAAUACAAGUGUUACUAGUACCCCAGGGGCAGCUGGUAGCGCAAGUACAGCUAGUACCACAGGUGGAACUAGUAGCCCAGGAGCAGCUAGUAACCCCGGAGUAACUGGUAAACCGGGGACAUCUGGUAGUCCAGCAACGGCUGGCAACCGAGGAGCGGUCGGCAACACAAGUGUAGCUAGUAAUCCAGUAGCAGCUGCUCACCCAGGCGCAGCCAGGGGGCUUGGGGCAUCUGGUAACUCAGGAAGUGCUGGUAAGCCAGGAGCAUUUGGUAACAAUGGAAGAGGAGGCAGUAUGGCAGCAGCUGGUGCUAGGGCAAGGGGCAUGUCAGCUGGCAGAUCGGUUGGCCCAUAAAAUCAGCUGGUCUUUGGAUUGUUUUUCUUUUCUUUUCUUUUUUUUCUGUUUUUACGAUCAUGGAAUUUAUUUGAUGUUCAUUUUUAUCUUCUUGUUCUUGAAUAUUUCUUUUUUAUUUUAGUAUUCAUGAAAAUUCUUUGUUUUUUUGACAUUUGUGAACAUUUCUUAACAUCCACGGAAAUUCACUUUAAAUAACAAACAUUUCCUGUCUUGUUGAUAUUCAUAAACAUUUCUUGUAUUUCUAACAAUUCUAAACGUUUUUUUACCGUUCAUAUACAUAUACAUUGUUAAGGUAUGAACAUCUAUUCUUUCUGAAAAUUCCCAAAUGUUGUUUUUUUCUAAUUUUAUUAACCUUACUUUUAAUAACUGCAAACGUUUCCUUUUAUUUUUAACAUAUGUGAACUUUUAUUGAGUUUUCAACUUUCAUUAACAGAUACUGCUUUUUCUUUACUAUUGUUUUUUGCCUUCCAUGGGUGUAUCUUUUUUGACGUUUCAUUUCAUUGAAGCAAAUGGCAUCUUUUAAACAUACAUCCUAUUAUUCUUUUUAAGAAUUUUCACGUAAUAUCCCCUUUUCAGUAGAGCCAAGCCAUAAGCCUUCAUGCUCUACUAAACCAUUAUUUAUCCAGAAGAGAUGUCCUACUUUGGAUAAAAUUGAUUUCCCAAAUAUAUGACAACUGCUUUGCGAUGUCGCUUCGAACAUCGUUGUUUGGGUUUUACAUUCAUGGAUAACAAUAAGCUCUUUGCUUAAAUCCCUCGUUGCUUUAGGCCUCGCGAGGGUUACUACGCUGAUUCGCUCGUGAGGCCUGUGUAAAUACUAUUUGUAUAGGAAUUCCUUACUGCGUAGUAUGCUUAGAUAUUUAAGCGAAAUUAAGAUGUUUAGAUGUCAUGUAGCCAAACGCAUACGUGAGGCCAAAUUCAUACACACACUCACAUUUACACACACACACACACACACACACACACACACACACACGCGAAUAUAUA